AUGUCUACUUCAGCAACUGUGGUGGUUACCGGUCCCGAGGGUACAAAUUUUUUUGAUCCACGACUAAUUAUCGGGCCAAUGCAAGUUGGUGCGCUUGUAACCGCAGCACUCUUUGGCUCCCUUGUCAUCCAAAGCUAUAUAUAUUUCACAAAGUUUGCCGACAGCCUAGGCUUCAAAGCAACAGUUAAGAUCAUUCAAAUUGGCCACUUCUGCGCUAUGAUAUCAACAUUGUGGACCAUGACGGUGACCGCCUACGAUGAUCCAACUAAGCUGAACGUCCUUCCAGUCGGCGCGGAUAUAACCGUUUUACUCACCAGUAUUACGUCAUUUCUGACCCAGGCAAGUAGUGGUGCAAAGCGGGCGUCUGGCUCAUUCUACAUAUAUCGGCUCUGGAGGCUUUCCGGCAAUUGUUUGCUCCCAGUCGUCUCAGAAAUCCUAUGUAUAGCUGGACAAGUGGCGGCGUUCAUUCUCGUCACAAAGGCAAUCACCAUGUCGAGCUUCUCACGCUUUGUGGUUGAGCAGACUGAUGUAGUCCUGAUCGCGCUCGCCACUCGUACAAUCUGCGACAUAACCAUUACUGCCGGCGUUACCUGGAGUCUGAUACAGAAGCGGAGAAACAGUAUCGUGAAGAGCACGACGAUUAUCGACUACCUGAUUAUGUGGACAAUUGAGAAUGGUUUGACAACUAGCUUGAUGACACUAUCAGUCAUGGCAGUAUUUCUGUGCCUCAGAGAAACCUUUGUGUGGUUUGGUCUGUAUCUCAUACAAGCCAAUGUUGUCGCGAAUGCAUUAUUAGCCUCAUUGAAUCGCCGGCUCGUUUUGAGGAAAGACCGCCCUCUCAGUGACGGUGACACUGCCAUGGUGAGAUCAAGCCUUCUAUGUAUUGCGUGUGGGAUUGUUCACAUCACACCUCAGAGACCUAUUGUGAUCAGAGUGGAUGUUACACACGCGCGGGACACCGAGUCGCAGAUCAAGACACAUGACUCCUUUUACUAAAGACACCAGACCGCGUGCCAGUGCUGUUUGCGGCAGCUACUAUCAAAGUGGUGCUUCACCACGGGCCGACAAACACCAUUUCUGCAGUUAGAGACAGGAACGAAGUGUUAUUUUGGUGUUCAAAAUAACAAGGAAACACUUUUGUAAGGACGACUAAUUACAUUUACAGCAACAAAAUCAUCUGUCUCUUUGGUUACACACUCUCGACGACGACGCAACCGGUAUAUAAAUGAUCACGAGCAAAGGGGUUAGUACGGAAAUUAAGAGUGGUGCGAGCUAUAUAGCGUAGGCCCUGGAUGACUAUUGAAUGGUUGCGUAUGCUAAGCGAAAAGGAAAUUGUGUGGAAAAGACUGGGCUUGCGCGAAACGCAAUGACUUGCAAGAAUGUUGAGAAGGUGUACUUCGAUGAAAUAAUGACGACGAAGUGCGAAGCUCGCGCUGG